AACAACUCCUAGAAACAUGGUAAGACUAAAUUAAAUAAUAAUAGCACCCUUUACAGUAGGGAUUUAUUUAGACUAAACAUUAAUGGACCAAAUCAACAAAAACAGAGGCAGAAUCAGAGCAAAAACAAAGCAAAGAACCCGAGAAAGCUUGGGUCCUGCCAACCCCCGGUUCCAGGACCCUUACCAUCAAAGUAUUUGUCCAGAGUGGGGGAAUUCAAAAGCACAGACCAAAAGCUUUCUUCCCGAACACAAAGAGCAAAUAAAAAAAAGGCAAAGAGACAGAGCAGAGAAGGAAAGAAAAACAGAGGGGCAACCAUUUCGUGCCUGCAGAAAAAGAACCCAAAAGACAGUGGAGCCACACCGGGAAACAAAAGAAAACAGCCACUGCGCCAUCGUCUUCGGCGCCGUCCUCCGCUGCACAGGAAUAACGUUGAGUGGUGGACCCAGGACACCAUGUCACGGACAAGAACAGCGCAGGUGUGCACCAGAAUUGAUCAUGAUGAAUCCAGAGAGGACCCGCAGAGGGAUGGUUCCAAAUGCCAAAUGGGGUUGUUGCUUAGUGGACGCUGUCUUUGAUAGUGAUGCUCCCGCUCAAAGGCAUCACAACCGUACAUGUGGAUGGAAUCUGUCGAAAGCCCACCGGUGGGGGUCGUAGAUGGUCGGUAGGAAACCUGGAAGGGGGCCCCGCUCUUCGAGAGAAUAUAAUAAAUAGACCUGGCAAUCUGAAAGCUUUCGAUAUUGUUUUGAGAUUUGGUUUUAAAUAUUUUAUUUUCACUUUGUAAUAUAGAAUUAAUAAGUGCAGACUGCUGUUUAUUUUUUUUUACUUCCAUGUGAAAAGGACAAAUAAUAAUAAUGAAUAAACAAAAAAAAAUAACAUACAAAAUUUCUUCUAA